AUGGACACCCUACUGUCAGCAGUCUGCGUUUCAAUUCUCCUCUUUGCUGUACCCGUCAGUGGAGAACUUCCGUCCUGGUCAGCAUCCUCAGAGUUUGAGGCACCUGAGUCAACCUCAGCCGACCGCGCAGAUAUCAACACCCGCGAAACUGCAGAUGCAGCAGGUGCAUGGAUAGCAGCAACCAAUGACCAGGACCAAUGGCUGAUGAGGGACCUUGGUGACGUGAGCGUCAUCACCGGCGUCAUCACCAAAGGCAGGAACUACAGCCCUGAUUGGCCAUACGCCGGACCACAUGACCAAUACGUCACAUCCUACGUCAUUUCAUACGGCAAUGAAAAUGGCGAUGAGACGUUCUACACCGAUGCUGACGGACAAGUUACUGUUUUUCAGGCGAACGACGACAGAGACACGGAGGUCUACAACGACUUCGGAGACUUCAGUGGCCGCAUAACUGCGCGCUUCGUCAAAAUCCAUCCGCAAACAUGGCAUGAGCACAUCUCCAUGCGGGCGAAGAUUGUGACAGAUGCAACACAGCAAACUACUGAGAUACCCACGACAGCUGGUCCUCUGUACACUACAGAACAAAAUGAGUCAACCCUCCCAGGAACAACUGUUUCUCAGCACAGUAGCAGUCAGACAACACAACGGCCAACUCUUCCAGGAACAACUGGUUCUCAGCAAAGCACUCGCCAGACAGCACAUUGGCCAACUCUUCCAGGAACAACCGUUGCUUCUCAGCAAACCACUGACCAGACCAUCCAACGGUCAACUCUUCCAGGAACAACUGUUGUUUCUCAGCACACCACUAACCAGACGACAAGCCUAGCAGGAGGGGAGACUGCUAAGUCUAUCGGUACGUGGUACAACAAGUCGCUCAACAUCGCCCUGGUCUGUGUCUUCUGUGCUGCAGCGAUCAUGGGAAUGGGGGGCGCGUUGCUGCACUACUGGGGCAACAGACGUCAAAGAAGACAGCAAGUGGCUCAAGAUCCACGGGACGAAGAAUUCGCACAUUAG